GAUUUUACCGUUCCACCUGCAGUUGGCUAGUUUCGGUGGCAGAAAGGCCACAUCUGCUUCCUGUAAGCCCCUGGGCAGAAGCAUGCAGUGGUGUCUCCUUCUGUUCUGGGCCCAGGGACUGAGGCAGGGCCCCCUCGCCUUAGGAGCAAUGCCAGGCACCAUAGUCACCACGGGGAACAUUUCCACAGAGGAAGGUGGCUCUGUCAUCUUACAGUGUCACCUCUCCUCCACCAUGGCAGAAGUGACCCAGGUCAUCUGGGAGCAGCAGGAUCAACUCCUGGCUACCCAUCAUGCUGAGUUGGGGUGGCACAUCCAACCAGCCUUCAGGGAGCGAGUGGUCCUGGGUCCCAGCCAGGGCCUCACCCUCCAGUCACUGACCAUGAACGACACGGGGGAGUACUUCUGCAUCUAUCAUACCUACCCUGAUGGGAUUUACAGAGGGAGAAUCUUCCUGAAGGUCCUGGCAAACUCAGUGGCUAAGCACCACACUGCAAUCCAGAUUCCAUUGCUUGGAGCCAUGGCCACAGUGGUCAUCUGCACAGCGGUCAUCGGGGUGGUCAUGCUGAUUAGAAAGAGGAAAUCUCUCCAAACCCGUUAUGUGGAAAGUGACUUCAGAACGCCGGCUGGACAGGAGGAAUGGGAUUCCAGCAUUCCCUUGGGCCCUAGAACCUGUGUCCUGGUAGAAGCUGCCCCUGCCGGACUCUGCGAGGAGCAGAGGGAUGACUGCGCUGAGCCACAUGACUACUUCAAUGUCCUGAGUUACCGAAGCCUUGGGAGCUUUAGCUUCCUGGUGGAGACUGGUUAG